AUGUAUCUGUGUAUGUGCUGUCCCCGCUUUAACGAUGACGCUGCUAAUCUCCUCUCCCCUCCCUUCUCACCACCGAAAGGACGCUGUCCUUUCCGACAGUACAUUCCCAGCAAGCCGGCCAAAUACGGCAUCAAGUCGUGGGUGGCCUGCGACGCCAAGUCCAGCUACGCUUGGAAGAUGCAAGUCUACACCGGCAAGGCGGCCGGCGGAGGCCCCGAGAAGAACCAGGGCGCCCGCGUCGUCCUCGAUCUGACCGAGGGACUGCCGGGCGGUCACAACGUCACGUGUGACAAUUUCUUCACCUCCUACGAACUGGGCCAGCGGCUCCUCGAGAGGAACCUCACCAUGGUGGGCACGGUGAGAAAGAACAAGGCCGAGCUCCCGCCCGCGCUGCUCCAGCAAAGGGCAGACAGGUCCUGUCCUCCAGGUUCGCCUUCACGCCCACCGCCACUCUAG